CCGCCUCGCUUGCUGCCACGAUAACACGAGCACAAGGAUACCAACCACACCCCUCGUCACGGCCCACGCCUAAAAAAUCCACGCCCAGACCUGCACCAGCCCCAUCGUCACCAGGCUUACUGCCCUAAGCCUUCACCUGCCCUCCCGUACCACCCUACCCCAGAAAGCCUCUCUCCUUCUGGGCCCAGCCUCUCUCUUUCAGACCCCUCAGUGUCUCUAAUCUCCAUUCAGUCACAGCCUACAGCACUGUUGUAGUCAGGAAAGAAGGAUCUGAAGAGUGAACUUUCCCUCUGGGUUACAUGCUGAAUUGUUGGUGAGAUACAAGUUGAGACAAACAGUGGUAGAGUCAUUCUCUGCUCAGAUCAUUGUCUGUUGAGUGUGUUCUCAAUGCUUUAAGGAAGGUAAUAACAUACACACAACAAUUUUACCUAUCGCCUUGAUACAUCCACUCGGAUCUUUCAGAAGAAUAAGGUGUAGCGGACAUAUCCAACCAAAGGGGACACACACCAACACACACAUCACGCUUUAGCCCGAUUCGGACGGAUUACUAUUAUUUUCCUGGACUGUCUUUGUGACCAUGGCGCACAUGAACAUGGCGCACAUGCGGGACACAAAAUGGCUGACACUGGAGGUGUGUCGGGAGUUCCAGAGAGGCACGUGCUCACGCUCCGACCAGGAGUGUAAGUUCGCCCACCCAGCCAAGAGCUGCCAGGUGGAGAAUGGACGAGUCAUCGCCUGCUUCGACUCCCUCAAGGGCCGUUGUUCCAGGGAGAACUGUAAGUAUCUGCACCCCCCUGGCCACCUAAAGACCCAGCUGGAGAUCAACGGCAGGAACAACCUCAUCCAACAGAAGAACAUGGCCAUGCUGGCCCAGCAGAUGCAGCUCGCAAACGCCAUGAUGCCCGGCACACAGCUACAGCCUAUGGUUAGUCUCUAUGACCUGGUCCAAGACAGCAACAGGUUCAGUUUACAUCAACCUAUGUUCUCUAUGGCACCAGGCCUGGCCACCAAUGCCAGCGCGGCGGCAGCCUUCAACCCGUACCUGGGCCCGGUAUCGCCCGGCCUGAUGCAGGCAGAGAUCAUGCCCAGCCCGCAGGUCCUCAUGGCAGGCCACCACGGCCAGGUCCCCAAUGCUGCAGCCGCAGCUGCACAGAAACUCAUGAGGACAGACAGACUGGAGGUGUGUCGUGAGUACCAGCGGGGCAACUGCUCCCGGGGGGAGACUGACUGCCGCUUCUCCCACCCCUCCGACAGCACCAUGAUCGACACCAACGACAACACGGUCACCGUGUGUAUGGACUACAUCAAGGGCCGCUGCUCCAGGGAGAAGUGCAAGUACUUCCACCCUCCGGCCCACCUGCAGGCCAAGAUCAAGGCUGCACAGCAUCAGGUGAACCAGGCCACUGCCGCCGCAGCCAUGACUCAGUCGGCUGUCAAAUCACUGAAGCGACCCCUCGACGCAACCUUUGACCUGGGGAUCCCCCAUAGUGUCAUGCCACCCAUGCCCAAGCGGGCAGCCCUGGAGAAGCCUAAUGGGGCUUCUGCCAUGUUCAACACGGGCAUGCUCCAGUACCAACACGCCUUGGCCAACAUGCAGUUUCAGCAGCAGGCUGCCUUCCUCCCCUCAGGCUCAAUAUUCUGCAUGACCCCCACCGCCGGUGUUGUACCCAUGAUGCACGGUGGUACGCAAGCGUCUGCAGCCACCACAUCUGCCACAAGCGUUCCCUUCGCAACCUCCUCAGCCAAUCAGGACUCUUCCUUAUCAAAGUUGACUACCAACGAAUACAUGCAAUUGAUUCCAAUCAUUUCUGCCGAUCAUCUGAGUAGUCACAAGUAUCUGACUCAAAUGUAGUUCGAGUCAAGAACAAUCAAAUGACUGUGUGUUGGCACUGUACAAGCCUAAAGAGUUCAGCCUUUAUGUCUAUAAUGUUCAGAAUGUCAAGCAAUGGAAAGGAGGAGAAUCGGUCGUCAUCUCUCAGUCGCUCCGUAAUGCUGUUCUUGUCACACAUGCCAACAUCGGUGUGCCCAGUCGAUACCACGACACACAUACACACACACACACACACCUCCUUGUCCUCCAAGGCAUCACCCAGCUGAGAAGAGGAGUGUCUGUCUAUCCAUGCUGACAGACACUGAAUACAUUCACAAUACACCUGUGUGUUCAAACACAAUUUCUUUCUUACAUUUCUUUGCACACACAUGAGGCUGAGAGCGAGAUGUUGUGGCGUCUAACGUACAGAAUACUGUGUUGGUACGUCGGUAGACCAAGACAGCAUUUUUCAUUUGUUUUGUUUUUAAAUUAAUACAUUUGUUUUCAUGGUUUACAACAAAAAAAACAUUGCAAAUGUGCACCUUGAAUUUGAAUUGAAAUCAGAAAGGCACAACACAUUUUAGCAUGUACAGUUUUCUGUUUUUAAAAAGGCUUCUAGUGAAGCUAGAUGAUAAAAUGAGGGUCAGGGACAUAUGAAUGUUCUGGGUAAGAAACACACCUGUGUACCUUUGAAAGCACAGCCAUGCUAGCUUUAACCACCUAAUGUAGAGGCCAUACAUCCCAAACCAGAGUGUUAUUUCAACAGUGUUAUUCUGUUUACCUAAGAUAUGUGUUUUUAUGGCUCGAGUUUAGUUUUUUACAUCAUUUCUCCAUUGUGUAUUUUCUUUAUAUAUAUAUUGUGCCAUUUGAUUUUUGGUUGAUAAUUAGGAAUGGGUUCCUCUCCAGCCUUUGAUCUCUCUUGCAAUGAAAAAAAAUAGAGGUGCCUUUUAUCAAUUUGUUUUUGUUUUGCCUUUCUGUUUUUGCUUUAUUGUUGUAUUUAUCAGAUGGGGAGAUCUAUGACUCAGAGCUCAUAGUGACUGGGAGAGUUGUAAGUCAGUAGACUCUAAUGCCUGUUGAAGUGAUAUGGGGCGUACUAGCUCUCCAUGGAGGUCUCAUUUCCUUGUCUCUAACCUUAGGAAAAAUCCACUCAAAAACGAUCUUUUGGUAUUGUAUCAAAAAUGAAGUUUUUGAGUUUAUUUUUUCGUUAUAGGUGGAGGGACUCUAAAAGUGUGUCUCGAAAGAAGCACUGUCAAACCAUGUGUCGUUGAAAAAAGAUACGUUUGAUUAGGUCAUAAGAAGAUAUACACUUGGUUGAGUGUUUUUGUGCUCCCCCAGAACUAUUACCUCUCAAUAGACACAUUUGACUUCAAUUGAGGUAAUACAACAAAUAACUAAUUUGAUGUGAAUUUAUCAAACAGAAGAAAAAAGUAUCUAACUUUUUUGAUCAGAUUUGAACUGAUUCAGGAUGCCGAAGCACAGUUCUGCUCAUGCACGAAGGGUUACCGGAGUAUAUGGCCAAAUUCAAGGAAGGCUCAACACAGAAUUGGGGGAACAGAGAUUUCAUUUAAAAACCCUUGUUUUCACACGCCAUUAUGUUCUGUGAUUUCGUUUUGUUGUUUUGACUGAGGUGUAAGAUCUCUUUACUGAUUGUAAUGUACUUCUAUUGAAGCCUUAGAUUACAGGACUGGGUUCCAUCCCAAUCAAAUGUACUUUCAAUCACCAUACAGGCAAUGAACACCAAUUAUAUAUUAUAGUUCGUACACAUACAUACACCUUAUAAUGUUUUGGUUUAGUUUUUUUUCUCAAGUAACAAUUUACUCUUAAAUUUCAUUGAACUCAUGUGUUAUGUAUUACUUAAGGAUUUUAAUCUAUUUGAAUAUUUAGUUUGUAGAUUUCUGCCUUAUUAUAUUCUACUUGACAACAUUAUUAUAUAGCCGUUGUAAAUUUAGAGAUUUGGAUUUUCAAACCAUACUAAUGAUUAAUAAUAAUAUGUGGAGUCAGAAUAAGUAUUCACAUCAUUCUUGUAGCUGGACGCCUGAAGAAGUUGAUCAAACAUGUUGAUCAACGACCUUUUGAUAUUGAUACAAUGAACGGCAUCAGUUGGUGUGUUGCCGAGGCAUCUACUCUGGCUGAAAACUAAUGUUUUAACUAGCUACAAGUCGAGAUCUUGUUUGAAAACACGCUAUCUGUAAAAUGUUUUAGAACACCUACUCAUUCAAGGGGUUUUCUUUUAAUUAUUUUCUACAUUGUGCUCAGCAUAUGUGGGAACUCCUCUAAGACUGUUGGAAAAGCAUUCCAGGUGAAGCUGGUUGAGAGAAUGCCAAGAGUCUGCAAAGCUGUCAUCAAGGCAAAGCGUGGCUAUUUGAAGAAUCUCAAAUACAAAAUAUAUUUUGAUUUGUUGAACACUUUUUUGGUUACUACAUGAUUCCAUAUGUGUCAUUUCAUAGUUUGAUGUCUUCACUAUUAUUCUACAGUGUAGAAAAUAGUUUAAAAUAAAUAAAUAAAUAAAAAAACACUUGAAUGAGUAGGUGUUCCAAAACUUUUGACCGGUAGUGUAUAGUGUCGAAAUUUAGAUUGUCCAUGUUUAGAGAAGGAACAAAAAGUUAUUUUCUACUGUAUCCAUUAAAAACUAUAUAUAUAUAUUGUUUUAAUAUUUCUUAAGAUUGCCCUGAAUGUCAGCGCAAAAUGAACAGUGAGAUAGAUGGGUCUCUGGAGUUUGGUGAAUGGUGAGAGUAGAGGUGAGGUAGUGGACUUUGCUGAAUCGGGAAGGUCGGUAAUGCUGCAGAUGAACGAACUCUAACCUAAGGGACGAAGGUUGACUUUUUGCACUUCUGUACAUAGUCAAUGAACAGAGAGAAAAAAAAACAUUUAUCAUAUUGAGAUAUUAUUUUGAAUAAAAAAUUCUAUAAUGAUAAGUACUUUUUUAGGUUAAUUUAAAUAAAAAAUCAAAACUGAUAGACCAGCUAAACAAAUUUGCUUGCAAAAAGAAAGAAAAUGGUGUCAUUUUCUAGGCCAAUGCAUUCAGAAAAAGCUAUGCGUUUUUAAGCUUUUGUCAGUGGCUAGUAGUUUGCCAGGAAAUCCUCAAGGGGCGUAACCCCCACAUUCACUCCCACUCACUCCCCUUGUAGUAUAUGAUAUACAAUAAAUAUCAUAUAUUGUCCAUAUUUCAAAUCUUGGAACAGGCCAUUCAUGCCUAGCCCUACGGUACAAUAACUAAAAAGAUAUAUAAACAAAACCAUUUCAAAUUUUAGUUUCAUUGCAUGUUAAAAAGAACACAAAUGUAAACAAUCUAUAUAAGUAGAUAUGGAAAGUUUAUAUUUUCAACUUACAAAAUUAUGUUUGGGGAGAAGGGAAAUAAGACUUCAGACAAGUAAUCGAACACUUGCACUUGUGAUAUACAUUUCUUACCAAGAAACUACAUUGAGUUCUCAAGAAUAAAAUGUAACGUUAACACAAAACCACCCCAGAAAUAUUCUCUAAUCACCGUAAGAUCACUCAAGUCAACAUGGACUCACAGGGCACAGCUAAUGCUACCAGCCAACUGUGCACUCAGCAGGUGAAGGCUCCCCACCAUACCAAAUGUAUAGGUAAAUACUCUUUCAAAUGAAUGUAACCGUCUUCAGUCAAGGUCACCCUAUUUCUGACUCGAGGUCGCUGUAUAAGUGCUAUGGAACCAAAGUGUCCCUUUCUCCAAACCAACCAGAGCUGCGUGGGCAGAUUUCACUGUCUCUCAGCUUAAACCAAGGUCUUUCUUCCCUGCCGGGGGCAUACAUGCUUGACUGUUUAGUAUGUGUGAAAACAUACUUUUUUUUGCUUAUAGUUGCUACAGAAUAAUGUACUACUUCUUGUCUUCAGAUUUGUUUUAUGCACAUUUUAUUGUUGCCAUAAUUGACUCUUGCUGUUCUGAAUUAUAUAUAUAAAAAAAUUGAAUAAAAAAAAACUGAUUUGCUCACGCAA